AUGAGCAACAAUCCAAACAAUCCAUUCAAUAAUAAGGAAUAUAAAUCAAUUACGGGGGCGCCCGUACCUGAUUAUGAUAGUGAUGAUGACCAACCAGGUUCAUCAAGCCAUCAACCUCUAAGGCAACAACAACAAAUACAUCAACAGCCAUCACUCGAAGAAAUAGAUGAAGACAUCAACAAUAACAAUAAUAACAAUAAUAAUGAAUACUAUGAAGAUGGAGAAGAGGAGGAUACAGGCAUCAUCCUUCAACCGAUUUAUCAUGAUCCCGACACCAGACCACAAAGUCUAUACUCAUCCCAAGAUGAGAUCAAGGCUGGUGACCAGCUAUUGACCAAACUUCAAAAGAAGACCGUCAAAGCAGUCAAGUACGUCAACAACGCAAUAAAGGAGUCAAACAAGAAGCUGGAGGACAAAGUAAAGGAAUCAAACAAGGAGAUUGAACAGACGAUUACAAAGGGUUUGGAGCAAGUACAUAAUAAGACGGUGGGUGCUGUGUAUGAUGCACAUAAGGAGAGAUUGGAGCGACAUGAGAAGGAGGAUCGCAUUCAUUGGGAUCACGACAAGAAGUUGAUCUCAAAGUAUGAGUGUCUCGACUAUGUUACCAUCUACAACAAGUCCUACCGAAAUGAGAUGUACAAGAACUUCAACAAGCUUGGCUCCAACAAUGAGUGGAUGCGAUGGAUAAUCAGUCUUCUCUUGGGAGUGGUCAUUGGCGUCGUUGCCUAUCUCGGUCACUUCUUCACCUCCAACAUCACCUACUACAAGUUCGAAUUUGUCAAGGAUUUGUUAGAGGUUAACUAUUGGAUCGCCUUCUUGGCCUACUUCACAUCAAACUCUGUUUUGGCUAUUCUGUCCUCAUUGCUGGCGGUGUACUAUGAGCCCACUGCAGCUGGCUCUGGCAUUCCAGAGGUGAAGGGCUAUCUCAAUGGAACAAAGAUCCCGCACGUACUCAAGUUCAAGACACUGUGGACCAAGUUGGCAUCGAUGAUCUUUGCCGUGUCGUCCAACUUGCAGUGUGGUUCCGAGGGUCCAAUGAUCCACAUUGGUGCCAUCGUCGGUAACGGUUUCUCACAGGCUCAGUCUAAGGAGUUUGGCUUCAAGAUCCCCUUCCUGCGUCAGUUCCGCAAUGACAAGGACAAGCGUGACUUUGUGACGAUGGGUGCUGGCGCUGGUGUCGCCGCAGCUUUCUCUGCGCCGCUCGGUGGCGCUCUCUUCUCGCUCGAGGAGGUCAGCUCAUUCUGGUCGACGACGCUCACCUGGCGAUCGUUCUUUGCCUGUCUCAUCGCGACAUUCACAGCCAAGAUCCUCAAGGACGCACAUCUCUCGCAGCACUCCACGAUGAUCUUUGACAUGGGCACCAACUCGAACGACAACAACUACAACCUUCUCGAGCUCAUCCCUUUCAUGGUGAUUGGUGUGCUUGGUGGCUUCACUGGCGCGCUGUUCACAUUCAUCAACGUCAAGGUGGUAGCCAUGCGCAGGAGCUACAUCAACAAGAUCAAGUCGUUGCGUGUGCUCGAGGUGUUCUUCAUCAUUGCACUGUCCACUGUGUUCCAGUUCGUCCUCCCCUUGAUGUUCAAAUGCGAGCCACUCGACGACUUGGUGCGCGACACCUUCACUGGCAACCGCACUAUUGCAGUCGAGGCGCUCACAGAGACUCUCAAGACAUUCAACUGUGCCGAGGGCUACUACAACCCACUUGCAUCGAUCAUAUUCGCCUCCAAUGAAGAGGCCAUAGACAAUCUAUUGGUGAUCAACAGUACGACCUACCAGAACACCAAUCGCAUUGGCAUCCCGGCGUUGCUGAUGUUCUUCACGUUCUACUUCCUCUUUGCCGCCUACACUGCUGGCUGUGGUAUCUCCUCAGGUACAUUCGUGCCGAUGAUCGUCAUUGGCGCUGCCUACGGACGUGCCGUUGGUGUGAUCGUCCGCCUCAUCGUACAGAACGACCCACGUGUCGACCCCGGAGCCUACGCGCUAAUGGGCGCUGCGGCGUUCAUGGCGGGCGUGUCGCGACUUACCAUCUCGCUCUCAGUCAUCCUCAUUGAGACCACCAACGAGCUGCAGUACCUUCUGCCUCUGAUGGUCACGGUGAUGGUUGCCAAGUGGACUGCCGACGCGCUCAUUCAUCCACUCUUUGACAUUCUGAUCGAGAUGAAGUACAUCCCAUACUUGGAGCCGCACUCGGGCAAGGCGAUGAAGAUCCUCAUGUGCAAGCAUAUCAUGGCCAAGAAGCCAGUGUAUCUGCUUGAGAAGGACACGCUGGGCCGUGUACUCGAAGUGCUCAAGAACACCGGUCACAACGGAUUCCCCGUGGUCAACAACCAGGAGGACCGUUGUGUCAAGGGUCUCAUCCUGCGAUCACAACUACUGAUGAUCCUCGAGGUCUUGUCCCAGGUCUACAUCUCCAACACUGAGGAGGCCUAUUCACACAGUGACUACACUACCAAGCUCACAUGGAAGUUGCCAUUGCUCUCAGACUUUAACUUUGCCCGCGAGGAUUACUCAAUACCAGUGGACCUCACCGAUGUUAUGAACCUCACCGUACUGACUGUGAACGAAGAGUUUGCUGUCAGUGAGGCUUUCCAAUUGUUCAGAACAAUGGGUCUACGUCAUAUGCCAGUUGUCAACUCUUACAACAAGCUAAAGGGUAUUAUUACAAAGAAGGACCUGUUGGAGAAGACUUGCGAGCAGAGGUAUUUGGAACUUUCACACAUGAAACUGGAUGUUGAUAAGUUGAUCCACGAGGGAGAUGAAGUCGACCCAGCAUCACAACCUCUGAGCCAAUCCACCAGAUUAAGACAUUCCCAGGCCAUCUCCCAACAGCAACAUCCAUGA